AUGAACUCCACCUCCAACACCCGCAUCCACGUUCUCGGGCUGGGCCUGAGCUACGACGAAGCCUACGAUCUCGCCAUCGAGAAGGGCAUCCCCAAGCGCUACCUCGAUAGGCACGACGUUGACGACGCGCUCAACGACUACUUCUCCUCGCGCGGGUACGCGACGGUCAUCACCGAGCUCCCUCCUCACGAAGCGUCCAAGUAUGCUGAAGACGAGUUCGACUACUGCAUCAUCACCAACUUCCGCGUCGUCCAGCGCGACCCCAACUCGCCCUACAACAUCCGGGAGGACCGCCCGCGCCGCGAUGAGUGGACCGAGCGCGUCGCCGGAGCGCUUCUGCCUGGUGCAGAGUACAAGGGCAUGCUCAUGCGCAUCACCUAUGAUAGCUGGGGCACCGUUCCCGGCUUGAUCCACACCUUCUACAAACACCAAGCCCGCGGCAAGCCCAUCAUCCAGGCGCACGGUCUCUCGCCCGACCAAACCGACUACCGUCCUCUCCUCAAGGAGCGCGCUGCGCGCCUCCGCCACGAACGCGCCGCCGGCUUCAUCCUCGCUUUCCACGGCAAAGACGGCUUGAAGCUCGCUAUGGAGAAGGCUCAGGCUACGACCAGCGUCACACCCAUCACCACCUCGUUCUCAUCUGAUACGCCGACGCCUAAGGCCCUAGACGACAAGACGCCCACCGCCAAAUACUUUACCCGCCACUCUGGCGUCGACUACUUUACUUGCAAGCCUGUUCCGCCGCCGUACGAAGAAGAGGAAGAGGAUAUGAAGACGCCUACUGCUACAUCGUCUGUGCCUAGUGCGCCGCUGGUCGGUUGUAACUCGGACUCGGACGAGGGGUACUUCUCCGACAAACCCUUAGUCUAUACCCGUUGA